UAAAACAGUGGUGCACUCUCUGCAGCGCGCUCCCGCCGGCAGCACUUCGGUCUCUUGCACUUUACCGUCCCGUCGAAUGAUACCAAGCAGCCCGCAAGAUGACCAUCAACACCCUGGCUAAAGGAGGCUGGCACCGGGAUCAAAUGACAUGCUUUCGAAAGAUGGAAAAAGUGAUUGUGGCCAUGCAGGACCCUGACAUGGGCAUGAAGAUGAGAAACCAGAGGCUUCUUAUCACUGUCAUACCACACGCCAUGACAGGCCGUGAUAUUAUUGACUGGUUGAUCAAGAAAUAUAAUAUGUCUGAGGAGGAGGCACUGCACCUUAGUGGCAUGCUGGUGAGAUACGGGUAUAUUUACCCUCUCAGGGAGCCCAGAUGUCUUGUGUUACGUCCUGACGAGUCGCCCUACCGCUUCCAGACUCCUUACUUCUGGACUAGUACCCGGUGGCCUGCCUCAGAGCUGGACUACGCUAUCUAUUUGGCUAAAAAGAACAUAAGAAAACAAGGAGAACUGAUGGAAUAUGAAAAGGAGAGAUACAGUGUGUUACACAAGAGGAUCAACCACACCUGGGACUUUGUGGUGAUGCAAGCAAGAGAACAACUCAGAGCAUCCAAACAGAGGCGGAAGGCUGACCGCAUUGUUCUAGAAUGUCAGGAGCAGGCCUACUGGCUCAUCAACAGACCCCCGCCUGGGGCUCGUAAUGUGUUGGAGAUGGGUCUGGAGAGACCAAAUAACUUCAGUACAGGAGUAAUACUGAACAGUGACCACUUCAAAAGUGAGAUCGACACCUGUAGAAGGGCCCUUGGAAGAAACCGUGUAAAGUCUUCCAUCUGCCUAGAAGGUUUUGUGAAAUACAGCGAGCAGUACCUGAACCACGACCCCAUUAUGCAAGGCUGCCUUCCCAGUAACCCCUGGAUCUCUGAUGACACCGCACAUUGGACAAUGAAUUCAGAGAUGAUACAUACACCGACACGUCUUCGAGUGGAGCGUUGGAGCUUUAGCUUUAUGGAGCUUCUCAAUGACGACAUGGGGAGGCGGGAGUUCAUGACCUACCUGGAGAAAGAGUUUAGUGCGGAGAACCUGUGUUUCUGGCAGGCCUGUGAGGAUAUUAAGCAUGGAGAAAGUUCAAGGAUCGUCGAGAAAGUGGAAGACAUCUACAAAAACUUCCUGGCACCUGGAGCUGCACGUUGGGUCAACAUCGACAGCAAGACGAUGGAUAAAACUCUGAAGGGGAUCAGACACCCGCAUCGUUUCGUCAUGGACGACGCACAAAUGCACAUCCACUUUCUGAUGAAGAAGGACUCUUACCCAAGAUAUCUUAAGUCUGACCUAUACAAGAACAUGCUGGCCAAAGGUAUUGUCCCCCAGGAGACAAAGAAAAGUGUGUUCCCCUUCAUGCGGCGCCAGCGGCACGCGAGCCCUUCCCCCGCUCAGGUUGUCUCCCAGGCGACGGAGGAAGACGGGCAUGCCAAGGGGGCCGGGCAAGCAGGUACCAACUCUGCAGCCGGUUCCAAUGUCUGAUGGCCGUCCAAAAAAUACAUCUUUUCCGAUUUUUCUUUCAAGUCAAACUGUCUGUGAAAGCUAAAUCUUUUUUUUCCACUGCAACUUUACCAGAGGUAGGAUUUCAACGUUAGCUCAGGUGUUAAUGUACCUCAGCAGCAUCACAUCUUGUUUCCAGAGCAGUGAACAGCAGACGAAUAAAGAGCUUUUAGUGCUAUAGCCUUUGCUGCUGCGUAGUCAUCCUGCAUCACAUCUCAGUCAGAAUAGUCUAUCCUGUUGUUCUUGAUAUCGACUCCUAAUACCAAGUCUUCCUUUCUCCCUCAGUAGCUAUGAUCUAGAAUCUACUCUCAUAAGCAGGUUUUGGGAAAGGGGUUGUUUAUAAAGCAAUAGAGAUGUAAAAUAUGUAUUUAUUCAGAACUUUGCCUCAGCAUGUGUGUGAUUAUAGUAGAUGGCCCGUUUUGUUCAUUCCAUGCCGGAGCUUCACAUUGCAAUGGUUGUUGCUAUUCAUUUUGCUCAAGCAUGUUUUCAUCCCAAUAAAAUGUCA